AUGAGCAAGAUCAACUGGAAACAUGCGGCUUCUGUUAUUCUGAGUAAGAUUUUUGAUGUUUUGGCUUUGAUUUUAGGUAAUAAAAUGGGUAGAACAGCAAGAACAAUGUUGAACAUGCGUGUUUUGAACUUUAUUUCCCUCUAAAUUGGCUUGGAUUGUUUUGAAACAUUGAAAAUAAGGUUUUUCUUCAAUUUGAUGCCUAUGUUAAUAUAAUUUCAAUCUAAAGCAAUGUCAAACCUCUUCAAUACUAAAAAUCUUUUUGAUAUUAUAGUAAACAAGUCUCUGAAGCACAUUUUGAUGAUGAAGCGAGGUCCAACAGCCAAAUUCAUGCCCAACUCUAUGGUUUUUCCUGGAGGACUUUUGGAAAAACCGGCCGAUUCCAACUUCGACAAGUCUUUGAGCAAUUUUAGUCCAGCUAAAGACGCCAACAUGGAUGUGGAUGUAGAUUUGGGCUUUAGAAUAUGUGCUCUGAGGGAAUUAUUUGAAGAAGCUGGGAUUUUACUGCGUGAAAAUGAAGUUAUCACCUCUGGCGAGGAUAAGAGCUUGGAUGAGUGGAGGGAUAAGGUAAAGCGUCAUUAUUUUUUGUGUUUUUUGUAGUUUAGGUCAUUCAACGGACUUUUUAUGGCAUGUGCUGCUAACAGUAUCAUUGGUUUUUCAAUUUUUGUGUGAAGGUAACACUUGACUCAAAAAACUUACUUUUGGGUCAAGUCUUUCUCUAAGUCUUCAAAGUUUAUAAUACUGACAAAUUUUAGAUAACAAAAGAUCCAUCAUUAUUCAGUCAACUAUUCACAACCAAAAAUCCAGCUGAUGUGUCCGUUUUGAAGCCAUUUGCCCGCUGGCUAACUCCAAAUGCCUACAAAAGAAGGUUCGAUACAGUAUUUUACACGGCCCAACUCGAAAGCUUUAAUGAAGAGGUUUACCAUUGCGAGAAGGAGAUGGUACAGUCUAUGUGGAUCACUCCGCGGCAGUGUUUAGAGGAAACGGCGGAGAAGAGUGAGGUUUGCAAGUUUUCGUGGUAGGACCGUUUUUGGUGCUAUGUUAUUUUUAAAAUACGUCAGUUAUGGAUUUAAUGUUUCAAAUUGUUAUUCUUAAGCAUUUUUAAGUCAUUUCGAAUCAUUUCGAGCUAUUUUGGAAAUUUUUAUGUUUUCGUGGUGGGACCCAAUUCUUAUGAAUUUAAUUGGUAAAAUACGUUUCUUUUUGGGUUUUUUUUCCUAAAAUCUUUAUUUUUAGUAAUUGUUUAUUUAAUUAAAAUUAUUUGCAGCCAUUUUUGGCAAUUUUCAUGUUUUCGUGGUGGGACCCAAAAUUUCAUUUUUUUUCAAAUACGCAUAUAUCUACUAAAUAGCCUUAAAAAACCCUAAUUAGUUAAAAAAACUUUAUAAAAUACAUUUUUUUCAGAAACAAUAAGCCUGGCACCACCACAAUUCCUCGCUAUGCUAGCCCUAGUACAACAAGACCUCACAGUACCCAUCGAAACCACCGUCUAUCCAGAGAGAAUGUGUCCACAAAUUAUUGAGUGUAAAGAAGAGCCAACGCUGAGAUGUGGCCUACAUUACCCUGACUCAGAUUACAUUACAGAGGAUUCGGAUUUUGUUGGGUUACGGUAUAUGAACAAGGACCAGAUUCAAAAUCCAAAAGGCGACAAAGUGAUGAGGAUUGUGUAUAACAUGGUUGAUAGCAUGUACACGGGUCAAAGCGUGAUUUAUAAGGUGUAA